AUGAGAUGCAACGCAUGCUGGCGUGAAUUAGAAGGGCGAGCCAUUUCCACAACCUGUGGUCACCUCUUGUGCACUGAAGAUGCGAGCAAGAUUCUUAGCAAUGAUGCAGCUUGUCCCAUUUGUGAUCAAGUUCUCUCUAAGAGUCUUAUGAAACCUGUGGAUAUCAACCCAAAUGAUGAAUGGAUAAAUAUGGCAAUGGCUGGCGUGUCUCCGCAGAUAUUGAUGAAGAGUGCAUACAGAAGUGUGAUGUUUUACAUUGGGCAAAAGGAAUUAGAAAUGCAGUACAAGAUGAACAGAAUUGUAGCUCAGUGCCGUCAGAAAUGCGAGGCAAUGCAGGAAAAGUUCUCAGAGAAACUGGAGCAGGUGCAUACUGCAUAUCAGAAAAUGGCCAAGAGGUGUCAGAUGAUGGAGCAGGAAAUUGAGAGUUUGUCAAAAGAUAAGCAAGAGCUCCAAGAAAAGUUUUCUGAGAAAUCAAGGCAGAAGAGAAAGCUUGAUGAAUUGUAUGAUCAGUUAAGGAGUGACUAUGAGUCAAUGAAACGGUCGGCAAGCCAACCUUCAAAUAAUUUCUAUGUUAGAAAUGAGGCUGACUUAUUCUCAAAUCCAGCUGCUAACAUGAUGGAUGGCAGAGACCCUAUACGAAGGGAUUGGUCGAUCUUUUCCCCCAAAACUCCAGGACCGCGAGAGGAUGUAUGGCCUGCAAGACAGAAUAGUUCAAACUCUGGUCAUUUUGACAUAUCUGGUGGCUCACCAGCAAAACAAGCAGCCAUUCCGGUUGAUGUUGGGAAUAGAAGGGGAGGUGCUCACCCUGCUUUUGGAGCUGGUGGAGUUAACCCGGCAAUGACACUAAGGAACCUGAUAAUCUCUCCUAUAAAGCGGCCUCAGCUUUCUCGUAAUCGCACUCAAAUGUUUACGUAA